AUGUCAGAACAACCGCCCGAGCAACAGGAGAAGGCUGGCACUUAUAUGGGACUCUACGUGGUCGAAUGGCUGAUUGAGAAUUGCCUUGUCCCCGGCGAAACCGAAGCAGAGACAGCCCGAGUAUGGAGUACGAGUUUGCUCGAGACUUUCUGCCGUCCCGAUGGUUAUACCAUCCAUUGGACUGUUGAGAAUGGCAAGGCAAACCUUAUCACAACGCACGUGGUCCUCGAUACCAGGCAUGGCGAAUAUGAGGAGAAGAUAUUUUUUGUCAUCCAGUGCAAAGCCCCAGGCCUGGAGAGACAAUCGUCAGUGUGGCACGAGGCUGCAGAAAACCUGAGAGAGUACCUCGGGGGCAUAACAUCAGACAAUCGGAAGUUUGGAGCUGUUGCAAUUGGGAAGCUUGUUCGGUUUUACGAGUUUGACGAGGCCGCGGGCAGUUUGGUGAAUUUUGAUGGUGACGGAACCGUCUAUCAGAUGGACCUUCAGUGCCAGACUAUCACCGAAAAGUUCAUCCACUUCCGGGAACAUCAUCUCAUCUAG